CAUUUCAAAUUUGUUCAAACAAAGGAUUGCAGAUCGGAUCUGUAGAUCGCAAAGAUAACAUGAAUAUGCGAGAUGCACGUUGGUCGGCCGCCCGGUCACCCCCGAGGCGGUGGUCGCUGGCAGUGUGUGUCGGGCGGCGGCCGGUGGGACACGCCACCGGGACUACGGGACGGGGCGCCAUGCCGCUGCGCCACCUGUUCGUGACCGGCGCGGUGCCCGUGAGCGACGAGCUAGAGGGAGACGCGCUGCGCUGGCCGUUCGUCCACCAGCUACUCCGCUGGGACAGCAUCGUCAGCACCGUGUUCGGCCACCUGCGGACGGCGGCUGAUGAUGCCACCGACAGCAGGACCGGCGGCAAGGCUGGCGAUCCCGCAGUGAAGGUUUCGGAGGAUGCUCCCCAGCCGAUGUCCCGUCCCGUCAGGAAGUUCUCUGAGCCCCCGGUUCUCCGGGCUCAGACCAGCAGCACUGACACCGAGGACGGGAAGCUGGGGUCCGUCUCUGCACACCCAGCGCUGUUCUCCAGUCUGCAGCUGCGUCUCGGUUACCUUCAGCACGUGAGGCGGCUGAGCCGGAGGGAGAACAGGGCGGCGGCGAGCGCUCCUCCUCCGGCGCCGGUGCCGAGCCGGCGGGUCAGCGCUCCGUGCCGGCCCAGCGCGCUGGCAGCCCGCCUCAGGAAGAUCUCCGUCACCGACACGCUGCGCCAGGUCGGAAAGGACCUGCGCCGCAUCGCGGACCACCUCCAGCUCAGCAAACUCGUGGGCGGACGGUCCGUGUCCGGGGCGAGCCGUGACAUCAGCUGGAUGUACCCUGUCGUCACCAUGGGCUGUGUCCUCGUCUGUGGCAUCACAGCCGUCCUGGGACGCGCCUGCCGCCACUGAGGAUCUCCUCGGUGGAUCGAGUGGGAAGACUUGGCUGAGCGGGACUUCUUUGACAUCGCAGUGUAGUGAUUUUGGCUACGCUGUGUUGCUCCCAAGACCGGUACUCGUUCAGUUACAGGGUCGUGGGAAGGUAUCGCUGAAAUGAAGAGUCAGUGUUAGUCAGCAGGUACUUGAUCCACGGGCCCACGGUUUUGGUGUGAGCGAUUUAGAGACUCGGGUUCGAUGCCCGGUGCAGUUGUGAUGAUAAAGUAGAAUUCCUAUUUUCUAUUAAUCUAUAUAUUCCAUUGAAAACAUUUAUUUUUUGUGCUGUAACAUAUAACUCCACGAUGUCUGAUGUGUGGUACUGGAAUAUCUACUACAUCCUAAGCGACUACUGCAUGUGCUGGGCGACAAGCUCGCACAUUCUGUUCGUAUUGGUAAAUGGCGCAAAUAUACAUGAAUAUUGUCAUUGAUA